UUCAUUACAUGGCCGUGGCAGAUAACAGGCAGAGAUAUAUGCCUUCACCUGAUGACAGGUUACCACAUAGAGGAAAACCACUUGCUUAUCCAGAAGCAGUCCUACUUGUCAAUCCCAUCGAGCCUGAGUUCAAAGGCGAGGUCGAUGAUAAAUACCAGUACUCGUGUGAAAAUAAAGACAACAAGGUCCACGGCUGGAUAUCUAUGAAUCCACCUGUGGGAUUCUGGCAAAUUACUCCGAGUGAUGAAUUCCGAUCUGGUGGACCUGUCAAACAGAACCUUACAUCCCAUGUCGGUCCAACUACUCUAGCUAUGUUUAUAAGCUCUCAUUACGCUGGGGAUGAUCUAAUACCAAAGUUUGCUCAAGGGGAAGCCUGGAAGAAAGUUUUUGGCCCCGUGUUUAUAUACGUUAAUUCUGUUAAGCAAGGAGGACAUCCUAUUGCUCUAUGGCAUGAUGCCAAGAUACAGAUGCAACAUGAAGUUCAAAGCUGGCCUUACAGUUUUCCAGCAUCAGAAGAUUUUCCAUCAGCAAAUCAAAGAGGCAAUGUUAGUGGUAGACUUUUGGUACAAGACAAGUACAAGAGUCAUGGUCAUAUACCAGCAAAUGGCGCUUAUGUUGGGCUUGCUCAACCAGGAGAAGCUGGUUCAUGGCAAAGAGAAUGCAAGGGCUACCAAUUUUGGGCUAAAACAGACAACAAUGGAAACUUCUCUAUAAAAAAUAUAUGUCGCGGUCACUACACUCUUUAUGCAUGGGUCCCUGGAUUCAUUGGGGACUAUGUAUAUAAGAACCUCAUUUCUAUAACUCCAGGUAGUAGAAUUAAUGUGCACGAAAUCGUAUAUCAGCCUCCAAGAAAUGGCCCCACAUUAUGGGAAAUAGGGAUUCCUGAUCGUACUUCUGCAGAGUUUUUUGUUCCUGACCCUAACCCGAAAUUUAUCAACAAGCUUUUCAUCAAUCAUCCUGACAGGUUUAGGCAAUAUGGAUUGUGGGAUAGGUACUCCGAGUUACAUCCAACCGAUGACCUUGAGUAUGUAAUUGGAAAAAGUGACUAUAGAAAAGACUGGUUUUUUGUUCAGGUUCCAAGGAGUAACAAUGAUGGCACGUAUCAAGGAACGACAUGGAGAAUCAUAUUCAAACUUGAUUCAGUCAAUCAAAGUGGAAUGUAUAAAUUGCGCAUUGCAAUUGCAUCUGCAUCUUUAGCUGAAGUGCAGGUUCGGGUGAAUAAUCCGAGCACAAACCAGCCUCUAUUUACAACCGGAUUGAUUGGAAAUGACAGCUCAAUUGCUAGGCAUGGAAUUCAUGGAUUAUACUGGCUGUACAAUAUCGACAUACAUGGGAAUCUGCUAGUGCAAGGGGACAACACCAUAUACUUAGGCCAACCAAGACGUCAAAGUCCUUUCCAUGGGAUUAUGUAUGACUAUAUUCGUCUCGAAGCACCACCAAACUAAGCAAAUAAUAGUAUAAUUCUAACAGUCUAUUUGGUUGUAUUGCAUAU